AUGUUUCAGCGCCCGUCAAACUUCGAGGCGCAAGACGCCAUUUCUGUGGUCGAAUCAGAAGGUACCUCCAAGCCACCAUUGGCUGUCGAAACCAUGCACUCCGACAUGAGCCAUGAUACGACCAAUUCGCGCCCCUCGGGGCAGGAAACCAAAACGAUCGCUUCCAAAUAUGAACAGCAGGGACCAAGUUUUGCCACGCAGUCAAGAGUUUAUGAUUCACCGCCUAGUGCUUCUGAUCCCAAGGAGGGAGAAAUUCAGCGCCUACAACGAAUCGUCACCCAAGGAAAAACAACGAACAAAGCAAGAGAGACGCAGUUGCGCGUCGCGAGACAAGGGCUCAAAAACGCACGCGAAGCACUUGACGAAACAUUUGGCGAGUAUACCAAAGUGUGUGAAGAGCUCAAAACCGUCAAACAAGCCUUACUACAAGACCACCAGGCAAUUGUAUACAGGAAAGACAUUGAACUGUUUGCGCUGCGGAAAAUCAACGAGCAGAGAGAGAAGAAUUUAGCUCGGCGCGACGCUCAGUUCGAAGAGAUGGAAACUCAACACAGGGCCACACUGCAGGCUAAGGAGGAACAACUGAACUUGUUGAAGGACCGACUGGCAGUCUGGAAGCUUUCAGGCACCUUACAUGAGCAGGAAGACAUUGAUCAUGCACUUCAAGUUAGGUUGCUCAAGGUGAAAAAGGGUCGCCAAUCUCUAGACAUCACACAAGACAAGGACCAGGUCAUUUCUCAACUCAAGGAAGAAUUGGCAAUGGCCAAGAAAUCGAACGAAGCUGUUGUCAAUCAGCAAGCAGAGCUGAAGCGGGCUUGGGAUAUAUCAAAGAAUAUUCAGAUUGCACUCCAAGAGGAGCGAGAAUUGAAUGCCCAGCUCCGCGAGCAGUGGUACUCUAGAUAUGGGGGUGAGGCCAAUGACAAGAGCAACAAGGAACAAGGUCCAGGUAGAUUACCCACCAUUGAAGAGGACGACAAUGAUAAGAGCGAGCUCGCAGCAGAGCUUGAUGCCGCGCAAAAAAAUAACUCUGAGCUCAACAAGAAGGUGACAGUCCUAGAGAAGAGGUUGCGCGACGUUAACGCAAGGCUAUUCUCGACUGCACAAGAGGCGGAAGCUCUCCGCGAGCAAGUCAGAUUCGAACAAGCUAGAAAACACAGUCUGGACAAUCCUCGACCCAGCACGAUUCACAAAGCACAAUUGGACCGUUUGCAGGCUGAAUUAGAAGAGGCUCGAGACCUCAUCGCGGCCAAGGACUCAGAGAUCAGACGCCACAAGAAAUCCAUUGCAAAUGUUGACCGCUACGUGGGUCGCCUUCGACGGGAGAUUGCUGCUGCGAUUCGAUUCCAUACUGAGGAUCAGGACGAGAUUUGCAGUCUUAGGCAACGGAUUUCCGAGCUGGUCAAUACUGAGGCUCACUAUACAUAUCACCGCCGCCCGCGGGGCAACUCGCCAAAUCACGGUAUGAUCGAGUCUGGUCGUACGACAUUUGCUCGCCAAUCAAGCCCGCAGCCAACUGGGCAUACGACACGCCCACGAGCCCACAGCAUAUCACAUGGGCCAUCCAUCUUGAGCAACACGAUUAUCAACACUGGCCCUGAAACGGAUUCUGAGCAGCCCAAGACGUUCAAAAGGACAGGUCUAGGCCUCAGGGAUAGAAUGAAGAAGAUGUUGCAGAAAGACGACAUGGAUGUGGAAGAUUCGGGCGCGGACCCUGUCAAAGAGGCAAAGGUCAAGCAAUUCGACAGGUCAAGGAUGAGGAACGCGUUUGCGCACAUGACUCCCGACUCAAUGUCUCGCCCGGCCACAGCGACGGUAAAAUCGGCCCCUGUGAAUCCAGGGGCGGAAAAGCCGUCGCGAGCAACAGCAGCACUGCCAGAAAGCAUGCAGCCCUCUGGCUCUGACAGUACUAAUGUGCGGUACUAUGCAGAGAACAAUGCCCAAGAAGACAGGAGACCGCGGACGGCAACUAGCAAGAAUGUCAAGGCGAAGCGGCAUAGGAGCUGGGGAGCUCAAGUCCAGUAA